AUGUUCCGCUCGGGCUACUAUCCAACUAUUACUCCUAGUCACUGGGGCUAUAACGGCACUGUGAAGCACGUUCUUGGAGAAAAGGGAACCAAGACUUUGGCUUUCAAAGGUUCCAAGAAUCAGGUUCCUCUUCACGAGUUCGUGACCAAACACGUACCCACGCUAAAAGAUGGUGCGAAUUUUAGACUAAACAGUCUUCUUUUCACCGGUUACUUACAAACGCUUUACUUAUCAGGCGGCGAUUUUUCCAAAAAAUUUCAGGUGUUCUAUGGUAGAGAAAUCGUAAAGUUUACAGAUGGAGGAGUCUGUACUGCAGACUGGGUUAUGCCUGAAUGGGAGGAAAAGUACUCCUUUAAUGGAAAGAGGGCAACGUACAACGAGAAGCUGUUCUCAAAUGAUGAAAAGGCCACCCAUCCAAAGGAUUGGCCUCGUCUUCAUCCAAGAACUAGAUACCUGUCCUCGAAGGAACUUCAAAGAUGCCAUUCUGCAGGGGACUCUUACCCUUUAGUGGUGAUACUUCAUGGCCUUGCAGGCGGGAGUCAUGAGCCUCUCAUCAGAGCUUUAUCUGAAGACCUCUCAAGAGUCGGUGACGGCAAAUUUCAAGUUGUAGUUCUCAAUGCCAGAGGUUGUUCAAGAUCCAAGGUCACGACCCGUAGAAUUUUCACCGCAUUGCAUACAGGCGAUGUAAGGGAGUUUUUGAAUCAUCAAAGGGCUCUUUUUCCUCAGAGGAAACUAUAUACAGUGGGAACGUCGUUUGGAGCUGCUAUGCUGACAAACUAUCUGGGUGAAGAAGGCGAUAACUGCCCAUUAAAUGCUGCGGUCGCUCUUUCGAACCCCUGGGAUUUCGUGCACACUUGGGACAAGUUGGCUCAUGAUUGGUGGUCCAAUCAUAUUUUCUCAAGGACAUUGACACAGUUUUUAACAAGAACGGUCAAAGUUAAUAUGAAGGAGUUACAAGUGCCCGAUGACUUCAAAGUCUCGCAUAAACCUACUCUUGAAAAACCAGUCUUCUACACAUAUACCCAGGAAAAUUUGGAAAAGGCUGAAAAAUUCACAGAUAUAUUGGAAUUCGACAGUCUUUUUACUGCUCCAUCGAUGGGUAUGCCCGACGGGUUGACAUAUUAUAGAAAGGCAAGUUCGAUAAAUAGAUUACCUAGUAUCGAAAUUCCUACUCUGAUUAUUAAUGCAACGGAUGACCCAGUGACGGGUGAGAACGUCAUCCCAUACAAACAAGCUAAGGAGAAUCCUUCUGUCUUAUUAUGCGAGACCGACUUGGGGGGCCAUUUGGCUUAUCUUGAUAAUGAAAACAACUCCUGGCUAACAAAGCAGGCUGCUGAGUUUUUGUCUACUUUUGAUGAGUUAGUUUUAUAG